AUGGAAGAACAAAUGGCUACAACAAAAAAUACAAAAAAUACUGAUAAUAUAAUUAUUAGUGAUGCUCAAACUUCUGCUCUUUCUCCAUUCACUUCCAUAAUUGAUAACAUAUUGAAACAAAAUGUUGAACCUUCACAACAACCUUUUCCUUUCACCCCUCACCUACUUUAUCAUUUAUUUGAUCAAAAAAACUUGAGAUUACUAAAAAUUUUUGGUGGAACUGAUGGUAUAAUAAAAGGUUUACACACAAAUAUUGAAACUGGUCUAAGUAAUGAUGAAAUAGCUCCUCUAGAUCCUAUACCACUAGAUACAAUAUCAGAAAUCACAAAUAAUGAUGACGCUGAAUACUUGGAGAGAUUUAAAUCUGAAAAGUCUACUGCCACUCCUAUAAUAAUAACUGAUCAACAACCCACUUAUUUUUGUCAAAGAAAAAUGGCUUUUGGUACUAAUGUCUUGCCCCCCAAAAAAACAAAAUCUAUAUUUAUGUUAAUGUGGAUGGCCAUGCAAGAAAAAAUUUUGGUCCUGUUGGCUAUUGCUGCAAUCAUUUCAUUAGGUCUUGGUUUAUACGAGGAUCUCCGUCCAAAUGCUGAUCCAGAUAAGCCAAAAGUAAGUUGGGUGGAGGGUGUUGCUAUAAUUGUUGCUAUCAUGAUAGUUGUCUUGGUCGGAAGUAUAAAUGAUUGGCAGAAAGAACGUCAAUUUCAGAAAUUAAAUGCUAAAAAAGAAGAUCGUUGUGUAAUAGCUACAAGAAAUGGCAAAGAAUCCAUAUUGUCUGUUCAUGAUAUUUUAGUUGGCGAUAUACUACAUUUAGGGCCUGGAGAUAUAGUAGCUGCUGAUGGUAUACUGGUAUUAGGUCAUAAUCUUCAAUGUGAUGAGUCUGCCGCAACAGGUGAAAGUGAUGCUGUAAAAAAAAUUAAAUAUGAAGAUAUAAGGAAUAUCAGUGAACAAUUAUCAUCUGAAUCAACAAGCAACCAGCCUCAUCAAAAUAUAACUCACAUAAAAGCUGAUCCUUUUAUAAUCAGUGGGAGCAAGGUUAUAGAGGGUGUAGGGUCUUAUGUUGUCACUUGUGUUGGUACGAAUUCUUACCAUGGUCGUACAAUGAUGUCCCUUAGAUCAGAACCAGAAGAUACCCCACUUCAAAUCAAGUUAAAUGAUCUUGCUGAAAAAAUCGCAAAACUUGGUGGUGCUUCUGCGUUACUUAUGCUCAUGGUUUUAUUAAUGGAAUAUUUUGUUAAAUUUCAUAAUGGAAUUCCUGGCUCUGCUUGUGAAAUUUUAGAAACUUUAACUAGAAUCUUUAUAUCUACUGUGAUUGUGGUAGUGGUUGCCAUACCAGAAGGUUUACCAUUAGCCGCAACUUUAGCUGCUUGUGAAACAAUGGGCAAUGCUACCAUUAUAUGUUCAAAUAAAACUGGAACAUUAACUCAAAACAAAAUGACUGUAGUUGCUGUAACAAUUGGUUUAUCAAAGUCUUUUGUAAGGAAUGUUGAAGCUAAUGCUGUCAUACUUGGAAAUGAUCCUUCUCAAAACAAUCUACCAAUGAUACUACAAAAUCCCAUUCCUUUAAAAAAUUUGGUAAAAGAAUUACCCACUGAAUCACUUAAAUUAUUAGAAGAAUCAAUAGCUAUAAAUUCGACAGCAUUUGAAGGUGAAAAGUUGGGGGAUGGUAAAAUAAAUUUUGUUGGUUCGAAAAUUGAUGCUGCUUUAUUGAGUCUUCUUUAUGAUUUAAAUCUGGAAAACUAUAAAUCAUUAAGAGAGUCUUCUAAAAUUCAACAGAUUUACCCAUUUGGUUCUGAACGUAAAGCAAUGGGUAUAGUAGUAAAAUUAAAUGAUAAUAAAUUUAGAUUCUUAAUAAAAGGUGCCAGUGAAGUUUUGCUUAAAAACGCAACAAAAACAAUUAAACUAACCAAUAAAUUAUUUGAUAGUAAUGCUUAUGUGGUUGAUUUAGUAGAUGGGGAUAAUGAAAUGCUUCAUAAAAUAAUAGAUCAUUAUGCCACCCAAAGUUUAACGACUAUUGCUAUAGCUUAUCGUGAUUUUGAUGAAUGGCCACCAAAAAACAUGGCUGCUGAUGAUGGGUGUGAAGUUAAAUUUGAAAAUUUGACAGAAAAUAUAACAUUGGUAGGCAUAAUGGGCAUUAAGGAUCCAUUAAGAUCUGGUGCAAGAGAAGCUGUCUUGGAUUGUAAAAAGGCAGGUGUGAGAGUUUGUAUGGUGACUGGUGACAAUCUUCUAACAGCAAAAUCUAUUGCAUCUCAAUGUGAUAUAUAUAAUGAUGGCAAAGUUAUGGAGGGCCCAAUGUUUCGUAAUCUUUCAUCUGAAGAAAUGCACAACGUUGUACCAAAAUUACAGAUUCUUGCGAGGUCUAGUCCUGAAGACAAAAAAAUUUUGGUUGAUUUUUUAAGAGAAAUGGGUGAAGUUGUUGCUGUUACUGGUGAUGGUGCAAAUGAUGGGCCUGCUCUUAAAACAGCUAAUGUUGGUUUCUCAAUGGGUAUUGCUGGUACUGAGGUAGCGAAGGAAGCAUCUUCAAUUAUUUUAAUGGAUGAUAACUUUGCAAGUAUAGUUAAAGCCAUUAUGUGGGGAAGAUGUGUAAAUGAUUCUGUGAAAAAGUUUUUACAAUUUCAAUUAACAGUCAAUGUCGCAGCAGUAGUCUUGAUGUUUAUAUCUGCUGUGUCAAGCAGUGAUCAAAAGUCUGUUCUUACUGCUGUACAACUAUUAUGGGUUAAUCUUAUCAUGGAUACUCUUGCCACAUUUGCACUUGCUACUGAUUCACCAAUACCUGAACUAUUAAAUCGUAACCCUGAACCUAAAACUGCAUCUCUUAUAACUUUUGAUGUGUGGAAAAUGAUACUCAGUCAAAGUCUUUUUCAAUUGGUGAUAACAUUGGUUUUAUUCUAUGCUGGUGAUGGUAUCUUAAAUUAUGAUUCACUUGAUGAUAGAGAAAUAGCUAAAUUGAGAUUGGGAACUGUUAUAUUUAAUACUUUUGUUUUCUUACAAAUUUUUAAUGGAAUCAAUUGUCAUUGUUUAAAAUAUAAAUUGAAUAUAUUCAAAAAUGGAACAGCAAAUAAAAUUUUAAUGAUCAUAUUUUUUGUAACGGUUGCUGGACAAAUACUUGUAAUUGAAUUUGGUAGUGUAGCAUUUCACACUACCCAUCUUAAUAUAUUCGAGUGGUUAUUGUGUAUAAUAGCUGGAUUUGUGUCAAUACCAUUUGGAAUUAUAAUUCAAUUAAUACCUAAUGAAUUUUUCAUAUGUUAUACCAAACCUGACAACACAACGUCAGAUAUAUCAAUCAAUAGGAAUUCACCACCAUAUUCAGUUAUGAUACCAGAACAGAAAUGUUACAAAGCAAUUCUUAAAGCCCAAAAUCAAUUGGGAGUUUUUAAGACAUUUCGUGGUGGCAGAUUUGGAGCUUUUGAAACAAGAUCAAAUACUUUUACAGCAGCUGCAAUGGUUCCAACUUUGACAUCUGCAUCAGUUGGAGCAGGAUUGGUACCAGCACAAUGUAUUGAUGGGAAUAAUCCAAGUGCCACUCAAUUAGAUUUUACUACUAUCAAAUCAAUAUCAAGGAAACAAAUUUUUCAAGGUGGAUCUCCUAGUAGUAAUAAUAGUGCAUUUCGAUAA